GUAGAGAUAAUUUUCGACCCACUGCGCAAGCUCAGAACCCUCCACCCAGCAUUCUUGAACACCGUGCUUUUAUGAACAAGGGAAAAGAUUUGGUGAAGCUAUCCAACAUCAUAUUAUGACAUGUAUAAGUUGUAAUUGAUCACUGCUAAUUUUUAUCUUUUGUAAAGCGAUUUGGUUCUCUUUUAUAAUCUAGAUUGUUCAGAGUCCGCCUUCUAUACCAGUGAGUGUAAAGGCUGACUUCAGUCGUGAGCUUUCUUGAAAAAUUCGACGCACAGUUUUCUAACCUCAACGUUUGGCUUCUUUUUGUUCAUUGAAAACAAAGUUCUAUUCAUAAUGUCGUCGGUUAUUACUUUUUUGCUAGCCUUCUGCAUGAUCCUGCUGGUUGAGUGUCAAAAUGCCAAUGACCGAUGCUCCAUAGAUAUGGAUGACACGUUGGAAAAAGUUGAAUGGAAGACAAUGCACUCCAACUGCACACUGGAAGUCAAAGAUCAGAUCAAAAUGGAAUACAAUGCAGCUAUGAUCUAUCUUUCUUUGGGAGUACACUUCUCGAGAGACUUCGUCAACCGUCCUGGUUUUGCCAAGUUCUUCUUUGAAAGUGCCAGUGAGGAAAGACAGCAUGCCAUCAAACUGAUCGAAUACCUUUCGAUGAGAGGUGAAUCAGUCACCGAUAUUGCCAAGCUUGUCAAAUUGGAUCCUGAGACAAUGCCCGGCAUGGCUUCAGUCUCCCUGAAUGGAAAGGAAGCUUUGGAGAAGGCGCUGCAGCAGGAAGUCCUGGUCACAAACAACAUCCUCAAGGUUAUGAAAGCUUGUGAGAAUGAAGAAGUGAAGGAUGCCGCCUGGACCUUGCCCAAUGACUACCAUCUUGUCGACUGGCUGACCGCUGAAUUCCUGGACGAGCAAUACAAGGGACAACGCGACAUCGCUGGAAAGUUGUCAACUCUACUGAAGAUGGGAUCCAGCAAUUACCACCUGGGAGAGUUCCUUUUCGACAAGAAGUUGUUGAGCAAUGAAGCUUAAUCGCCGCCAUUCGUUUCGUUUAUCUAAUGUUUAAUUGUGUUAAGUAUAUCUAUAAUUAAAAUUAAGCACAAUCGUCAAGUUAUAUUUCUGUUUUAAUUCAUGUAAAAUAGGAAACUCAUUCAUCAAACUUCCUGUUAAUUGUACUGAGUUUCAAUCAAUUCGUCUCGAUUUCUCAAUUCUAGAGCCAAAGUAAUUUAGUGGAAUUGAUGACGAUUCCUUAAUUAGAAUUAUGCACAAUCGUCAAGUUAUCUUUCUGAUUUCGAUUCAUGUUAAAUAGGAAAAUCAUUCAUCGAACUUCCUCUUAUUUGUGCCGAUUUUCAAUCAAUUUGUUUCAUCAUACUUCUUAAUUCUAGAGCUAAAGUAAUUAGUUAAAUUGAUGAUGGUUCCUUAAUUAUAAUUGAGUACAAUUGUCAAGCUAUUUUUUAUGUUCCAUGUUAAAUAGGAAAUUCAUUCUUUGAACUUUCUGUUAAUUGUACCGAUUUUCAAUCAGUUCGUCUCAUCAGACUUCUCAAUUCUAAAGCUGAAGUAAUUUAGUGAAAUUUAUUAUGGUUCUCUAUUGAAUUCAAGUUUCAGUAGCACCUUUUAUUUUCAAGUAGAGAGAAUUCAAUGUAGAUAUUGUAAAUAGAUCAAUGAUGGAUAUUUUCAGCUAUUUUCCUCUAAACAAACUCAUAGAAUUAGUCGAAAACUCUUCAGCGAUAUUCUCUUAUCUAUUGUCAAUAUGGAAGUCCACAUGUGAAUCAAACUCUGUAAAUAGAUUGCUCGAACAAAUAAUAUUUUGUAUUUUCACUUGCUAGAUCUUGAAUGUUAUCAUGGAUGUUGUCUUUAUGAAUGUUUAUACAAUACUUUACAUAACCUGAUUAAAAUUAAUGUGAAGUAAG